GGCCUUUAUGCGCGUGCUCCGCUGUCGCUGGCAGCUAGGCCUGUGGGGUGGUAAGUGCUGUCAUGGAGGACGGUGCUACGCCUUUACAGACCGAGGGAGUCCGUGAAAACCAAGUUCAGUCAGCGACAGAUCGGGGAGGAGCCCUGGUGGAACUCACCGCGACCCCCGGCGGCCUGGCCCUAGUGAGCCCCUACCACACCCACCGGGCCGGGGACCCCUUAGACCUCGUGGCGCUCGCAGAGCAGGUGCAGAAGGCUGAUGAAUUUGUCCAGGCAAAUGCCACCAAUAAGCUGACAGUGAUAGCGGAGCAAAUCCAGCAUUUGCAAGAACAGGCCAGGCAGGUAUUGGAAGAUGCUCGCAGAGAUGCUGACUUGCACCAUGCAGCCUGUAAUAUAGUGAAAAAACCCGGCAACAUUUACUACCUUUAUAAACGGGAGAGUGGUCAGCGGUAUUUUUCUAUUAUUUCUCCAAAGGAAUGGGGGACAAGCUGUCCACAUGACUUCCUCGGUGCCUACAAGCUGCAGCAUGACUUGUCCUGGACACCGUAUGAGGACAUUGAGAAGCAAGAUGCUAAAAUCAGCAUAGUGGACAAGUUGCUCAGGCAACCAGUGGCCCUGUCUUCAAGUCCUGACCCCAACUUCCAGGGGCUGACUCACUGAGAACGGACUCUGACAAACAGGUCUCAUGGCAAGGACCUGCCACCUCCUUGUUGCCCCCACUCUCUGCUUUGGUGGGAGGUGGCAUGAGGAUUGAGGGUAUGUAGGUGAAUCGUGAACUUCUUGCAAAGAGACCCUAUGUGACUGUAAUGCUGUCAUUAUUAGGUUCAAUUGGGAUGGUAAUGAAUCACAUCAGUCUUUUUUGGGAUCUUCUCUUGUCACGGACACCCAGCAGUCAGUUGCAGUGUACUGACCAGUGUACUUUCCUUCUCUUGGGUCUCCCUCUGUUCUCCUGAUGAGUCAGAGAAUUGGAGAUGAAGAGUUUCUUCUUCCCAUAAAAAGGUUGACCAGGAUUUCCAGAGGGAACUGUUUUUAAUUUUUUUUUUUUUAGUCUUUAAGAUUGGGUUUAGGCUACUUCACAAUUGGUACAACUUCAGUUUCAAAUUCAUCUGGAACAGGAAUGUUGGGUAAUGGAGGAUGAUAAACAACUUGGCUUGGUUGCACUGCA